CACACACACACACACACACACACACGCCUCCCUACUUUGCUCACAGUUUUCUUCUCUUAAAAUGCCUUUGUCAUUGUCUUGUUUCUUUCAAAACAUCUCAGGAGUGGCAGCUGCUUCUGGGAUGCCUUGCCCAGUUCCUCUAGGCAGAAUCCUCUACUCUAUCCACAUGCUCCUGUGGAACUUUGUGUGUAAUCCUUUCCUGUACAUAAUUUUCUAUGCUUUCUCCUAAUAUAGAUUGAGUUGCAGGUUUCACAGAAUAUACAAUAAAUCAUCUGCUUUUAUUAAACACAUUACCUACCAGGUGGCAAUACUAAGUGUAUCAUAAUCAUGUUACUAACCCUUCCAUAAAUUGAUAAGGUAGACACCAUUAUUAAUUCUGCCUUAUAGCUAGGUGAUGCUUUUUGCAGAUAGCUGAGCUUUGGAGAGUUUAGGUUACCUCCUUAGAAGUAACACCACUAAGGCAUAUUCAAAGAAUCUGAAUGCUUUUCUACUAUGCAGUGCCUUGUCUGCUUUGUUUCCUGGUGUGCCACCAUCACCUAGCAGAGUCAAGUUCAAUCAGAGUUGUGAAAUAAGCCAAUGACAGGACUUGGCCCUUCAGAGCAUGAAUGCUGAGCUGUUUAGUUCUGGGCUGUGCUAGUAGGACCCCUCAAAGGAAGAGCAAUGGCUGCUGCAGCAGCUUCUCACCUGAACCUGGAUGCCCUCCGGGAAGUGUUGGAGUGCCCCAUCUGCAUGGAGUCCUUCACAGAGGAGCAGCUGCGGCCCAAGCUCCUGCACUGUGGCCAUACCAUUUGCCGCCAGUGCCUGGAGAAGCUUCUGGCUAGUAGCAUCAAUGGGGUCCGCUGUCCCUUUUGCAGCAAGAUUACCCGCAUUACCAGCCUGACACAGCUAACAGACAACCUGACAGUGCUGAAGAUCAUUGACACAGCUGGGCUCAGCGAGGCUGUGGGGCUGCUCAUGUGCCGGGCCUGUGGGCGGCGGCUGCCCCGGCAAUUCUGCCGGAGCUGUGGCAUGGUGUUAUGUGAGCCCUGCCGGGAGGUAGACCACCAGCCUCCUGGCCACUGUACACUCCCUGUCAAAGAAGCAGCUGAGGAGCGGCGCCGUGACUUUGGAGAGAAGUUGGCCCGUCUGCGGGAGCUUAUGGAGGAGUUGCAGCGGAGGAAGGCAGCCUUGGAAGGUAUCUCCAAGGACCUUCAGGCCAGGUAUAAAGCAGUGCUCCAGGAAUAUGGCCAUGAGGAGCGCAGGGUCCAGGAGGAGCUGGCCCGCUCUCGAAAGUUCUUCACAGGCUCUCUGGCAGAGGCUGAGAAGUGCAAUAGUCAAAUGGUAGAGGAGCAGAGUUACCUGCUUAAUAUUGCAGAGGUGCAGGCUGUCUCUCGCUGUGACUACUUCCUGGCCAAGAUCAAGCAGGCAGAUGUGGCACUACUGGAGGAGACAGCUGAUGAGGAGGAGCCAGAGCUCACCGCCAGCCUGCCCCGUGAGCUCAUCCUACAGGAUGUGGAGCUCCUUAAGGUUGGCCAUGUUGGCCCCCUCCAAAUUGGGCAGGCUGUUAAGAAGCCCCGGACAGUCAACAUGGAAGAUUCCUGGGCCAUGGAGGCCGCAGCUUCUGCUGCCUCUUCCUCUGUUACCUUUAGAGAGAUGGACGUGAGCCCCGAGGAAGUGGCUGCCAGUCCAAGGGCCUCACCUGUUAAGCAGCGGGGUUGUGAGACAGCCACCAAUAUCCAGCAGUGCCUCUUUCUCAAGAAGAUGGGGGCCAAAGGCAGCACUCCAGGCAUGUUCAACCUUCCAGUGAGUCUCUACGUGACUGGUCAAGGCGAAGUUCUGGUUGCUGACCGUGGCAACUACCGUAUACAAGUCUUUACCCGCAAAGGCUUUUUGAAGGAGAUCCGUCGCAGCCCCAGCGGCAUUGAUAGCUUUGUGCUGAGCUUCCUUGGAGCUGAUUUGCCUAAUCUCACACCUCUCUCAGUGGCCAUGAACUGCCACGGGCUGAUUGGUGUGACUGACAGCUAUGAUAACUCCCUCAAGGUGUAUACCUUGGAUGGCCACUGCGUGGCCUGUCACAGGAGCCAGCUGAGCAAACCCUGGGGCAUCACGGCCCUUCCAUCCGGCCAGUUCGUGGUAACUGAUGUGGAAGGUGGAAAGCUCUGGUGCUUCACUGUUGACCGAGGAGCAGGGGUGGUCAAAUCCAGCUGCCUCUGCAGUGCUGUGCGGCCCAAGUUUGUCACCUGUGAUGCUGAGGGCACUGUCUACUUCACCCAGGGCCUGGGCCUCAAUCUGGAAAAUCGGCAGAAUGAGCACCACCUGGAGGGUGGCUUUUCUAUUGGCUCCGUGGGUCCUGACGGGCAGCUGGGUCGCCAGAUUAGCCACUUCUUCUCAGAGAAUGAGGAUUUCCGCUGCAUCGCCGGCAUGUGUGUGGAUGCUCGAGGUGAUCUCAUCGUGGCUGAUAGUAGUCGCAAGGAAAUUCUCCACUUUCCUAAGGGUGGGGGCUACAGCGUCCUUAUCCGAGAGGGGCUUACCUGUCCUGUGGGCAUUGCCCUCACUCCUAAGGGGCAGCUGUUGGUCUUGGAUUGUUGGGAUCAUUGCAUAAAGAUUUACACCUACCAUCUGAGAAGAUACUCUACCCCAUAAGGCAGGAGAAAUGCCCAUACCUCUGCCAACUUUCCUCUCCUUGUUCCUUGGGUGUUGAUGGUACUAUAGAGUAGACUCAGCCUGUGUCCUAUUUCUAUUGGCUUCUUUGGAAAAUUUCUUUUAGUGCUUUUUAUUUGCAUUAUUUUCCUCUUGAAUUUAGAGCUUUAAUAGAUGCAGUACCCCAAAUAGUACACAUGAUGGGAUUAGCUGGUUUGAUUAGAACUUAGGCGCUUCCAAGUCUUCAGUGGUUUUUGCUGUGGUAUUUGAAGUUUGCCCUUGUAUUGAAUCCAUGUUCAUUUUCCUCUCUUGGCUUUGAUAACCCUGUCAUUUUCCUCCUAUAUAUUUCCUACUAUGCUUCAUCUGAGACACUUUCUCUUCUGCUCUGCUGCAUUCAGUGUGCAGGCCCCAGCAUGCAUCUUCUCCACCUUUCACUGAGUUUCAGUCAUUGUAUUCCUGUGGCAUGAUGUCACAGAUCUGAUCCCCUAGCCUGUGUAACAGCUCAUUCACUUGGUGCCAGUAGGUGACAGUCCCGUCCAGAGACAGAACCUUUCAGCCCUGAGGGUUUUGUACCUUCUUGGAUUGUUCUCUAAAUGCAGAUACGACAGAGAAUGGAUUGACCCUAGAUGAUGGGUGUUGAAGCCUUUAGUCUAGAAAUUGCUUGCCUUUUGAAGGAGCAUGUGGAUUGGAAUUACACCAAAGGAGGAAGAUGGGAACAAACAAACAUAAAUGCUCACAAGUCAGCGCACACUCUUGGAUAGUGUUCAGGGCUCAUCAUUUUUCAUGCUGUCUCUCCCCACUGACCUGUGCUAAGAGUUGUCUAAAGAACUGCAUAGCACAGGCCAGGGGAAACAAGCUGGGGAGGUGGACACACCUAAUUUUCAUUACUAAAACAAAACUGUUGGAUCCUUAUUCUGUAUUUUUCCCAAGUGAGUACAUAAUUCUUGGUUUUGGAGUUUAUUUCCAUCUCUGUCAAACAUUAAAUAAUUGGUAACUAUUUCUUCAUCACUGGUGUUCAUGCAUUUUCAUUAAAUGUGGGACUUGGGGAGGGUAAGUUGUACUAUGCUGUUUUGCUUCCCUGUCUGACACUGCCGGCUUUGAGGGCAUUUAGGAUCUACCCAGGUCAAAAUUCUGCGUUAAGCACCAUUACGUAAAGAUAAUCCAAAUCUCAUUCCCACAUACAUGUAUAUAGAAUCAGCCCCCAAGGUUUAGAGUCAUCAAACACUCCAUUCUAAAUUGAGCCUCUACCAUUUGUUUUAUCCUUAUAAUUACAAUUUGUAAAAGGAAGACACUUUGUUUAAGACCAGAAGUGGGUGAGGAAACUUUUGACAAGGUUCCUGAGGCUUUCGUGUUUGCUAAAUAACAUAUCUUUCUCUUUAGGUACAGGGCUGAUAGCAGGCCAAACAGCUAUUACCUUGCUUUCAUGGAAACAAAAUUUACUAACCUUAGCUACUCAAAAUUGUUUUUUUUUUGUGUGUGUGUGUGUAUGGUGGCAUUAUUUUUUUGGCUUCUGUCGUGAUAGCUGCCAAAGGAUAGAAAACGAGAUAAUUAAAGUGAUGCUGAACUGGUUUGUCUUGUGUUUUUCACCUGCAGAAAGCCCCAGGUUCUGAUUAUGAAAUUGCAUCUGAUUUUCAAAGAUUGCAUAAUUGAGAGGAAAUUGAUCCAAUUAAAAGUGCAUCACAAAUGACUCCACUAGUGGUUAUAACCACUUUGUCUCUGGCGGCACCUGGCAGCAAGAGAUCUGUCUUUGCUGUCAGUGGGGGACUUGCUGAGGCACUAGCAGUGGCUGAGGCCCUUGGCGCAUGGUGCACAGCACGGACAUGAAUCUAAUAUUGUGGGCUGGCUUCAGUUAAAUGAGGCCAGUAAUCUAGCUUCUGGUAAUCUGGGAAAGGGAAGUAUUGCUGAUUGGCCUUCAGCAUGUAGGACUUCACCAUCUCCGACUCACGCAUGCCUUUGCCCUCAAGUACAGCAAGUAUUUGCUGGCUCAAAGUGGAAAUAUGUGCGGUCUGAAUGUUUUUGUUUCUUUGAUGUGGAUAUAUUAGGCUGUGCUUAGUACAGUCAAUUUUCAGUUAUCUACCAUGUUGAUUAAAUUGCUUAUAUGGCCCCAAGAAACAAAUUUGCUCAAUUAGAGCAUUUUUUUUUUUUUUUUUUUUUUAAGCAGCAGCGCCCUUAUUCAAAUAGUUCUACAUGGAAUUGUAUCAUGUAAAAUAUAUCAAAGGGUAGCUGCUGUGGUUGAAGCAGGUUUGUGGGCCUGGAGAACAGACUUUAUCUCCCACUUAGCCUCCUGUGUACUAUUGCAAAAUUCUUAGAAAUCUGUGGAACACUUCCAAAAUCCAUGGAACGGUUGCUUAUUAGCCAUGUGGCAUUCAACAAGUAUCAUUUAGCCCUUCCUUUUUCAAAAGUGAUGAAAAUAAUCCCUUCCUCCAGGAAGUGUGUUAGGUAUGAGAUCACAGAUGUGAAAAUACUCCAGUUCGGUUCCUGGCAUACUCAGUAAGUGAUGGCUAUUCUUUUAUUAAGCUGUUCAAAAGAGUGACAUAAGGCCGACCAACCACGCCAAAUACCUCCCCUCUUGCCUAUUUGACAGGUUCCUUUUUUUUUGGCAUCCAAAGCCAUUCUCAGGCAUCUCAAUCUCCAAAUAAAGCUGAUCACCUGUUCCUUUUUACUCUUGCGCUACCUAUUUCAUGCUUCAGUUGCAUAAAUCACUGCAUUGCAGUUGUUUAUGCAUGGAUCUGUGCUUAGUGAAGGCUAACUUUAACCUCUAGUUAUGAGUGCAUUAGCUGGUUCCUAACCCAGAGUGUACCUUCAGUUAUUUAGUUGUCUGUGAUCUGAUGGACUUGAUGGUGAAGGUAGGUCCUCCAAUAACCUGAAUCCUCCCAACACAGCCCCCUCACAUUGAUUAAAAAGGUAUUCUCAAGCAAGCUCUUAUAUAAAAUACUAAAGGCAAAAAAAUCUUACAGGUUAGUUGAGCCCCUUUAUCAUCCGGAGUAAUUAUAUGCAAUUUAAGGUUUUGGAGCAGUGAUUUAAUAUUGAGUACCUACUGGGGCCAGGCAGCCUGCCAGAUGUUCAGAAGUGAAAAUUUUAAUGAUAACUCAUACUAAUGUAUUGGCAUGUAUAAAUUCUCAUAAAUUAUUCAGUCUUUUCCACCUGAAGUACUGAAAAUCUAAUGUUUUCGUGCCCUGGACUUCCUCAGAGACCCUGUUAUAGGCAGGGUCUGACUGGCUGUGAGGGUCAGUCCCCAGGUACUCUCCAGCCUGAGUUAGUCCACAGAGAGACACUCCAUUAUUCCAAUCAGUAGGAUAAACUUGGCUUGAGUCUUACGGUGGUCCCAUGGGGAAGGCAAGUAGUGCUUAAGUAGUUGUACUUUUAAUCUAGUACAAAUUAAUGGCCUCUUGCCAGUGAAGUGUUACCUAGCUCUGUAGGAGGGAAAUGAAAGGCAGAGCCUAGUAGGAAGCUCAUGGCUCUACCUUGCACCUGACUAGGCUGCUGAUUUGUACUCAGAAUGUGCAUUCCCACAGAGGAUCUCCAAAAUAAUUACAGAUAUGAGACAGCAGAUGCCUGCAUGAAUUUUACAAGCAGGGCAGUAGGUAGAAGGCCGUUUAGCAAAAUACACACUUAGACCUAUGGCUUUGUCUUGGCAAUAUCAUUAAUAUUCCUGAUCCCCUGCCUAAGUCUCAAGUUAGGGAGGCAGCUCUGGGAUUGGCUAUGUAUUCUGUUGGGAAGGUCACUAGACUUGGUCUGGGUCUGAAUCACAGCAAGCUAUGUGGACUCAGGUGGUCACCAUAUCUCUACAUCUCUACUUUGCCUAUUUAUGAAAGGAGGUUGGACUAGAACAGUAAUGUUCCUAUUGCUCUAUGAUUUUAAUGAAAUUUUUAACCAACUGGAAUUGUGGUCAGGUUUUCUCCCAGUGUUUUGCAUAAGUCUUGCCAUUAUUCACAUUAGAGUAGCAGAAAGAACGUGCAUUUCAUAAUCACCCCUACCUUGGUGACCUUGGUCACUUACUCCAGCUAUUGUCACUCUGCUGAGCUAGCUAACUCAUCUGGUUAGAGGAAUUGGCAAUUUAUGUUUUGGUUGUGAAAAUUAAAAGAUAUUAAUGGGAUGGUAUGUGUAAAAGUACCUAACUCAAAAACUCAGGUGCUCAGAAAAUGUGACUUCUGUUGUAGGGUGGCAAAGGCUUCUUCUUGUGAUCUGAUGCCAGUUUUCCAGUUUCCCCAGUUAACCUGGAGGAAUUUCAGAACUGUGUUGGCGAUGUACCAGCAUUGCUCAGCUCCUUAAUUAAAAAAACUUUUGGAGGGAGAGUGGGCUGGAGGAUCAGAGAGAAAACUCAUUCACAGCAAUGUGUCCUGCUAGAAAAACUUCACAUAAAACCCAAAGAUUAAUUAUUUGAUUAAAGUAAUUAGGAUAGCUUCUUCAUUCUCUUUGAACAGUUAAAUAGAAUCAAGAUUGUGUGUAUGUGUAUCCCAUAUCACAGAGACAUGCAUAUUUAGCUAUUCCUAUAGUUGACUCACAAGUU